AGUGUCGCGCUGCACGAAGGGAAGCAAACGAUUUCGGUCGUUACGCAUUUUGAGCGAUCGCUCAUUUUCGUCUACUGACAACCACAACGACCGCAUCAAGUUUGAUUUGGUGCCGUUGACUGGUGGUGCCAUCUAGCCGCAGGAAUGCGGACCCAGCGCGCGGCGAACGUGUUUGGCACGUAACGGCAACGCCGCAAGAAAGAUGGAGUUGUGACUGUUAUUUCGAGUUUGCUUUUUCUGACACUGAGCGCUUUCAAACAACUGGCUGGUUUUUGGGUGCUUGCUCGCGCAUAUGCGAAGCCGAGCUCGAAUCAACAGGAGAGUGUGCUCGUUCUCACUUUCGUCCAUCGUUUUUUUUUUUUCAAUUUGGAUGUUUUGUAAUCGAGUCAGUUCGCCAACUGGGCAUCGAAGCAAAUCAGUGAUUUCGCUCCACCAAAGUUUGUGUGUGUGUGUGUGUGUUUUCUGGUGACGACGCCUGUUGCUGUCCCCGCCUAUCAAGAUUUCUGGGAGUUCAUCUUGUGACAUUAGAGGAGUGAUAACCCGUGACCGAUGAACUUCUCGCUGGUGUGAGGACCGUUGCUGGAAUUUGGCCCUUAACUCUGACAAACUGUCGUCGAACAAGAUUCGACCCAGCCAGAAAUGUCGAGACAGGACAGGAAGGGCACUUUUCUGGACAAAAUGGGCUUCGGCUGGAACAAGAAGUCGGGACGGGGACAGAUGAGUGGCGCCCCUGGCACACUCUCCCGUCCGCACUCUGAGGUCGACUUCUCCGAGAUGGACGAAAACGCGCACAUGGCCGUCGACAACAUGAGCGAAGAUGAAGUUAACACCGCCUUUGAAAAGAUGUUGGAUGACAUGAACUUAUCAGAAGAAAAGAAAGAGCCGCUGCGAUUGCAGCAAAACCAUCGCAAAAAAGAAAUGUUGGCCAUGCACAUGAAGGGCACAGUCCAGAAACACCGGAAUCGAUUCGAUACGCCGCAGGAUUACAUCGUCUAUCUGGGCAAUCCGGACCUGAGCGUCCACAAGAUUUACACGUGCAUGGAGUCGCUGAGGAUCGCCCUGACCAACAACCCGCUCACCUGGGUCCACGACUUUGUCUGCGAGGGUUUGAAUCAAGUUUUGACCAUCCUCAACGAAUGCUACAGAAGGGACGCGAGAUGGGACAGGGUCCAGCACGAGUGCAUCCGCUGCCUGAAAGCCAUUUCCAACAACAAAGUUGGCUUGAAGAAACUGUUUGAGCACCGCGAGGCGCUGACGCUUCUUGCACGUUCUUUCGUCCCGUCCCUGCCGGCCGUGAUGGUCGAGGCCGUCAAACUGAUGGCCGGUAUCUGCUUGGUGCCGCCGGAGGGACACGAGCGUGCUUUAGAGGCCAUUACCACCAGUGGCGAACUCAAGAGCAUUUCUCGCUUUCAGCCCAUUAUCGAAGCCCUGUCCAACAUGGAGAAUGACACGCUUACGGUGGCCUGCGUCCAAUUGAUCAACACUAUCGUCCUCACCCCCGAUGAUUUGGACUUCCGGCUGCAUUUACGUAAUGAAUUUAUGCGUGUUGGACUCGCCGACCUCCUUGACAAAUUAGCCCAGAGGGACUGUGUUGACCUGCAGUUGCAACUCAAAGUGUUCGAAGAGCAUCGAGAUGAGGAUUUCUAUGAAUUUGCACAGCGUUUUGACAACCUACGCCUGGAUCUCGACGACACUGUGGAAUGUUUCGAAGUGCUGCGCAACUCGGUCGCCGAAACGCCAAGCGAGCCGUUCCUGUUGUCCAUUCUACAACAUUUACUUUUCAUUCGAGACGACCCCAAUGUCAAGGUUUCGUACUACAAACUGAUCGAAGAGUGUAUUGCUCAAGUCGUUUUACAUAAAAGCGGAUGCGAUCCGGAUUUCUCCGCCACCAAGCGAUUUCAAAUUGACGUCGAACCGCUGAUCGACAUCCUUUCUGAGCGCGCUGCCAAGGAUGGAGAGCCCAGGGUGGAUGAAGUCAACAAAAAGCUGGAGGAAGCCCUCACGGCGAAGCAGGAAUACGAAGCCAAGUUGGCGGCUGCCAGUCAACGGAUUGCGGAGUUGGAGAGUUAUUUGGGAGGAGGCAAAGGACCCGUUCCUAAACCCUCUCCACCUCCGCUCGCCAUGUACGGCGGUGCUGGACCACCACCUCCUCCAAUACCCGGUGGCCCGCCUCCUCCCCCAAUGCCUGGAGCACCACUUCCACCCCCAAUGCCCGGCUGUCCGCCUCCUCCCCCAAUGCCCAGCAUGGGUGGGCCUCCACCACCCCCAUUGCCCAGCAUGGGUGGGCCUCCACCACCCCCUCUUCCUCCCGGAAUGGGAGGAGGACCAAGACCUCCACCUCCGCCCGGUGGUAUUCCAGGAUUUGGUCCUCCACCUGGAAUGCCCGCCACGCCACCCAGGCCGGAUAUUCUUCCGUUUGGAAUGAAACCAAAGAGGAAAUGGCAGUUGGACAUGCCUUUAAAACGAACAAAUUGGAAAACGAUUCAACCGCAAAAACUCUCCGAAAAGGCGUUUUGGGUCAACGUAGAAGAGGAUCGGUUGGUAUCGCCCGAUCUCCUGGAAGGGCUUAGCGCUAAAUUCUCUUCCAAACCUCCCGCCAAGAAAGCAAGAGAAGGAGACUCGGACAAACCAAUGAGUAAAAAAUUCAAAGAACUGAAAGUGCUCGACGGCAAGUCAGCUCAGAACUUGUCGAUUCUUUUGGGCGGAUCUCUCAAGUACUUGAGUUACGAUGACAUUAAACGGGCGAUUCUUCACUGCGACGAAUCGGUGCUAUCGGACAGUGUUUUGCAGCAACUGAUUCAGUACAUGCCCACACCCGAACAGCUGAAAAAGCUUGAAGAGUACAAGGAGCAAUACGAUAGUCUAGCCGAAGCUGAGCAGUUUUCCGUGACGUUGGCAAGUAUCAAGAGGUUGGUGCCGCGCCUUAAAUCCAUCAGCUUCAGACAGCACUACAAUGAAAUGGUCCAGGACAUUAAGCCAGAUAUUGUUGCGGCCACGUUGGCUUGCGAGGAGAUCCGGGACAGCAAGAAAUUUGCAAAACUUUUGGAACUUGUUCUGCUAAUAGGUAAUUACCUGAAUACUGGAACAAAGAACGCUCAAGCAGUCGGUUUCGAAAUUUCCUACCUUCCCAAGUUGACGAGCACGAAAGACGCCGAGAAUAAAACAACGUUGCUUCACUACUUGGUGGACGUGAUUGAAGAAAAGUUUGCCGACAUCCUUAGCUUCAGUGAAGAAGUUCUCCAUGUGGAUCGGGCUUCCCGUGUCUCGAUGGAUACAAUCCAGAAGACACUAAAGCAGAUGGACAGUUCAAUCAAAAACUUGGAGACUGAUCUGAAGAACGCCAAGGCGGCCAUAUCCGACGAAGACAAAUUCUUAGAAGUCAUGGGCAAUUUCGCCCGGGAAGCUCGGGACCAGUGCGACGUGCUCGUUAGAAUGGGCAAGAAAAUGGAGUCUGUCUACCACGAAUUGUCCGAGUACUUUGUCUUUGAUCCGCAAAAGUACACGUUGGAUGAAUUCUUCACCGACGUCAAAACCUUCAAAGAUUCCUUUAAUCAAUGCUAUAAAGAUAAUUGCAAACUGCGUGAAACGGAGGAGAAGAUCCGACGAGCGCGCGAAGCCAAGGAGAAGGCCGAGCGGGAAAAACUCGAACGCCAAGCCAAAAAGAAAGCGCUAGUCGACAUGAAUAUCGACGACGACCAGGAAGGUGUCAUGGACUCGCUGCUGGAGGCUCUUAAAACGGGUUCCGCUUUCUCCAGAGAUCAGAGACGGAAACGGGAUCGACCCCCUCGUGCAGUCGGAGCGGAGCGCCGUGCACAAAUGAAUCGCAGUCGGUCCAAAGGAGCACUACUAGAGUCCCCUUCAUCUCGGGAAAUGAAAGGGACAUUCGGUGACGAAAAACCUCCAGUUCCUGCCAUAACGGAUGACUUGACGGAUGGGCUAGCCAUGAAAGCGGCUCGCCCAAGAAAAGCGAGACCACCGCCCAAGUUUGACAUGGCUGCCGAGUUACUAAUGAGUGGAGGCCGAGAGAGGGAGGUGAAGCUCAAUAACGGAGGUGGAUACUUAGCUGCCGCUGAUGACGGAUCAGAGGCAGACCGACUGAUGCAACGAUUGAAAGCCCUUUAACGAAACCUCCCCCCCCCCCUUUCCCAGAUGUACUUGCUCCAUUCCACUAUAUUUUGUUCCGAAAUCUGAAGCCUAUAGACGUGCCUUGUUUGUAUUGUACAGUAUGUUUUCCAUGAACAUAUCUUUGCGCUUCAGAAUAUGUGCCAUUACGUUAUAUUCACCGUGGGUUGCUAUCAUUCCAUUUCCAUGAGAUCUUCCAAAGGGGUAGAAUUCUGGUCUGUGGGCGUUGUGCUUUUCUUUUGGGACUCGCCAGUCAUCUGUUGUCCAAGCGGUUGAUUGGGAAAGCCCAAAGUUUGUCAAAUUGGCCUUUUGGAUUUUUACAUUUGUCGCCCAAUGCUUGAUGGAUCGUGCUGACAUUUGUAUGGAUGAAAUGUGCCUGCCUCGUUACAUUGUUAAUUACGCCUUGGUUUGAGGCAUUCGGUUCACAUCGAUUAUCCUUUUGUUUGCCUUCUGUACUAAAUAAUAUGACUAUGACUUAACAUGACUGUCUGUCUGUGAGAGAGAAGUUUGCAAUUCUGCUUGCUAUCGAAUUUUUGUUUAAAAAAGAAAUUUGCAUGAUUCCAUGUAAACACAAUCGUGCUGAUCGUAAGACCCAAGGAUAUAUGCCCUUUUUUUUUUGCUCAGCUCCUUGUUGUUAAUUCUCACCCUUUCUCCUUCACGAGCCGAAGCAAAUAGUUUUAUUUAUUAUUUUUGAACACUUUGGGCUAUAUUUAUUCUUAGAUAACAACUGAAAUUUUCUUGUAAAUAGAUAUGUACAGUUGUGUCUGGUCGUAACAAAAAAAAUUGCAAUACAAGUGGGACAAUGUUCCGUGCUAAAAAAAAAGGAAAAAAUUA